AUGCAGUUGUCACAACAGAUGACCGCCUCGCAGCAGUCUCACCAGUACCCCCAGCCCUCCUCCCAGCAGCCCUUCUCCAUGAGCCAACCCUCCUCCCAGACUCUCAACUUGCAGUCUUCCUAUCGCCAGUAUACCGACCCAGCACCACAGCCCGCUGAGCAUGCUCUCUACUCGGGUGUUGGUGUCUACGAAACCGAAGCCAAUGGCAUCACCGUCAUGCGCCGUCAGAGUGAUGGCUGGCUCAAUGCGACACAGAUCCUAAAGGUGGCAGGGGUGGAAAAGGGACGCCGGACAAAAAUCUUGGAAAAGGAGAUCCAGACGGGCGAGCAUGAAAAGGUUCAGGGUGGCUACGGGAAAUACCAGGGCACAUGGAUCCCUUUUGAACGCGGUCUCGAGGUUUGCCGUCAGUAUGGCGUCCAUGAGGUGCUCCAUGCACUUCUCACCCAUAAGCGGGGCCAAGAUGGAGGAAGCGCCCCCGAUGUCGACACGCCAACAAAAGAACAGGCCAUGGCUGCCCAGCGGAAGCGUCUGUACAACGCAAGCUCUCAGGAGAGCCGCGGAGGUGGUGUUCAACAGGGUGGCACAUUCUUCAAGAGCAUUUCGUCGACCGCAUCCCAUGCUAUCAAUGCUAUUAGCAAAGCCAGGUUCGAGUCGCCCGCUCCCAGAAAUCGCAACCCUCCGUCUCGCGCUCCCAGCUUCCAACGCCAGCCGUCCAUGCAAGAUGCUGGUGACUUCCCACCAAACUCCCAGCACAGUUUUGUGUCCAACUAUGGGGCCCCCGAAUCUGCCUUUGGUUCUCAAGAGACACAGCCGGUGGUCAACGAGACGGUCGAGCCUGCGCGCAAGAGGCAAAGAAUUCUCACACCCGCUCACAGCUUUGGAGGGCUCACCCCGACAUAUCCAAGUAUGAACCCCUACGCCGAGAACUUUCCCGGGUCACCCACCGAGCCGAACGAGUCGUUCAUCUAUUCCCGGAACGAGCCGGAGUAUGCUCCUGGUCCGCUGCGUCCGCUGCCAUACGAAACAGCUCCCGAGGCCGAGGCAAAACGCAGCAUGCUGAUGCAGCUGUUCCUCAACACGGCCGGCCCUGACGAAAACCAAAAGAGCAUCCUCCGCAACAUGAUCCCGCAAGAACUUGACGGUCCCAUUGAUGCUCAGAGCAACACAGCCCUCAUCUGGGCUGCCACUCUUGCCCGGAUGCCGCUCCUGAGAGCCCUCGUGGAGGCGGGAUCCAGUCCAUUCCGUGUGAACGCAUCCGGAGAAACGGCCCUGAUGAGGGCCUGUAAUGCCACCAAUUCCAUGGAACACGGGUGCUUCCCCGAUCUUCUGGACAUCCUGGGCGGUACCCUGGACGUGAGAGAUGACAAGGGCAGGACGGUGCUGCAUCACAUUGCCCUCGUCAGUGCGGUACAGGGUAGGAAUGUAUGCACCCGGUACUACCUUGAGAGCUUACUUGAGUGGGUGGUCCGCCAAGGGAGCAAUCCAAGCAGUCAGAGCCAGACUUAUGGAAGCAACGGGCUUGCCUCGUCAAGAAUGAACAUUGGUCGGUUCAUGGGAGAGAUUGUCAACGCACAAGACAACCGAGGUGACACAGCCCUGAACGUGGCAGCACGUGUGGGCAACCGAAGCAUCAUCUCACAACUCAUCGAGGUUGGCGCAGACCCUGAAAUCGCCAAUACCGCCGGUUUACGUCCCUUGGAUUUUGGCAUUGGGCUGGCACAUGGACACUCCGCCAGUGGCGAGACCGGGGAGAGAAACGCUCCUCAGGGGUCGAGACAGAAGAGCAGGGAGAAUAGCGAUGAGGUUGUCAACUGUGGGUUCAUUUCCUUGCCUCGUCAUGCGACAUCCUUACUGACUCAAACCUCAGCCAUCUCUCAUCUUAUCAACGAGUCAACCUCUCAGUUCCAGGGCGAACUCAAGAAGAAGCAAGACGCUAUCGACGCGCUUCACGGAUCUUUGCGCACAACCUCGGCCCAGGUUGGCGAGGCUCGCCGCAACCUAGAAGCUCUUCAAGAGAAGCUUACUGCCCAGCAGCUCGCCCGUCAAAAAGCCUCCAACCUUGCGCUGGCCUGUGAGGAGGAGGAAAUGGGACUUCGUCAACUCGUACAGCAACACCGUGUCUCCAUCCACAAUCUUGGGCCUGAGCAGGACUGGGCAGCCGAACUCAGGGCGGUUCUCACCGAAGCAAAGCAGCAAGCAGCCGACGACACCGGAGUGGACGGCCACCUCGCCGCCGACGCGGACAAGCCACAUCCCGCUGCUCGUCUCCCUAGUGCCGCCGUGUUGCGUGCCAGAAUCAGGGCGGUUCACGCCAGAGGGGAGCAGACACGACACAUGGUUGGUAGACUGAAAGCGCGGAGCAAGCAGCGGGAGCUGCAGUACCGGAAACUUGUCUCACUCUGCACACGCCGGCCAGAGGCAGAAGUCGACCGGCUGCUCGAAACUUUGACGAAAGCCGUCGAGUCGGAGAAGGGCGAGCUUGAACUUGGAAGAGUCAGGAGAUUUCUUGGCGGGGUUGAGGGUGUCGUUGCUUGA